UCUCUCUCAAAAUAAUUGCAAAUGCUGAAAUGAGAGAAGAAAGAUAAUGUUCAGAUAAAAUGAAAACUGCAAAUUUUGAGGGACUGAAUGGAAAGACAGUGGAGAAAGAUAUGAUCACUGUGAGCACUCUUGAUGCAUGAUCAGCAAGUUUUUGAGAAAAGUCUUCUGUUGAUUUUCAAUUUGUCUGUGUAUUGGAGGAGAGUAUAUGUUUAAGAUUGAGGAGCAAAGGUAGAAUAGAAUCCCCUUGAUUGAGAGAUCAGUUACUAUAGGACAUAACUUUCUGCUCCUUAUCUUAAAUCUUAGAGGAGAUAUGAGGCAAAACCUUUUCACCCAGAGGAUGGUGGGAAUCUGGAGGUCACUGCCUACAAGGGUGGUAGAAGCAGAAACCGUCAAACGUUUAGGAACUAUCAUGAUGGAAUAGUGGAGCAGACUCAAUGGGCCGAAUGGCUGAUUCCUGCUAUGUAUUAUGGUCAUGCAAGGCUUUGGGCCAAAUGGUGGAAAAUUGAAUUAGAAUAAUUAGGUGGUUUUUGACCAGUGUGGACGUGAUGGGCCAAAGGGUGUUUUCUUUUCCUGUGUUGUAGAUGUCUAUGACUAUGAUUGCUGACUUCCUUUAACUCUUGCUGUACCCAGUUGCUGGAAUUUCGUAUCAUUAACUUGACAAGCGAAGGUCUGAAAUAGCACUUGAGUGCUGAUGUGACAAUUGAAUUUAAGUACAAACAUAGCCUGUGAAUAGUUCCAUAUAGUAUAUAGUUCUCAUUCAGGUGUACAUUGAUCUACUGUUGGACAGUAAUGUGCUGUUUGGUACUUAAUUUCAGCACCUAUGCCAUAUGAUAAAUAUAGCAUUACCGUUUACCUAUUUCACUCUUGAGUACCAAUGACAGCAUGAUUCUUGUUCUUUAAAUCAAUGGAUACUAGUUUACAGGAAAGCUUAGCACAAUGGUUAAAGUGUAUUCUGAGGGUGCAUCAUGCCUUGUGUCUUUGUACUUUUAUCGUAUUUAAGUUGCCAUUUUGUUGCUCCUGCCUCCAAGCUAACUGAUCAGCGUUUGGCAAUAUGUUCAUCCAGCUCUACACCUUGUUAUCUAAGUUUACCACAAGUUCAUUUCUGGAGAGAAAGUUCACAUCCAGUGUUCCCAGUUUUCAUUGAAAAUCGCAAUGCUCUCCUGUAAAUAUGGUAUAAAUUCUAUGAAGUAUUGACUGAAUCACCAUAAUUAGGAGGAGGUUAGGCACCCUUUCUAAAUAAUCAGCAAACAUUAUUGCAAUUUUUGAAAAACGUGGAUGUAAUCAAAGGCCUUAAAAUGCCGAUAAAUGUUCUGAAUAUCUGUGGCAGAAAAAUAGACUUUGAAUUAUUUGGCUAAUGUGUAAACCAUGUUUUUUUUUUGGAAUGGUGAUGUAGUACUAUCUACAUUUAAAGACCCAAAUUUAUAUAGCGCUUUUCACGCCAACUGAGCAUCUCAAAAUAUUCAAAAAUAUUUUGAAUAGUAGUCACUGUUGUAAUAUCAGAAAUAUGGCAGUUGGUCUGCACACAGCAAGCACCCACAAAUGGGAAAGUGAUUGCGGCCAGAUAAUUUUUUUUGUGUGAUUGUUGACUGAGGGAUAAGUAUUGACCUGAACACAGGAGAAAACUCCCUGGCUGUUCUUCAAAAUAGUGUCAUCUGUUUUUUAACCACCUGAGAGGGCAACCAGGGUCUCCGUUUAAUGUCUCAUCUGAAAGACCAAACCUCUAAUUGUGCAGCACUCCCCCAGUACUGCACUGGAAUGUCAACUUUAAUUAUUGUGCUUAAGUCCAAGAGUACAACUUGAACCUGAAAAAUUUGUUGCUUCUUAUAAUACAAUGUUAAAUUUAAUUGUUUAUUUACGGUCUAUUAUCAGAGUUAAUUUGGAACUCUCUUCCAUGAAGGCCAAUUGAUGCUAGAGCAGUUGUUAAAUUUAUCUAUCUUGGACUAAAAUUUUGUUAAGCAAAGAUAUAUUAAGGGAUUUGAACUAAAGGCAUGUCUUUGAAGUUAGACCACAGAUCUGCCAUGAUCUCAUUGAAUGGCUUCCUGUUCCUAUAAUCAACUGGCCCUAGUUUUGAUCAUUUUGAGGUGACCUGUUACAUUUUCACAUUUCGCUAUAACUGAUACCUUAUACACACUUUUAUACUGCUAUUAAUGAAGCUGAUCUACAGAAUAGGCCCUAAAAACUGUCAGCAGAAUCCUAACUCUAUCCAGAUAUCAAGGAUGUCAGACCUGUCAUCUGAGGCAUGACCUCAAUCUCAGCCAGCCAAGUUACUGGAAGAAUUGACAUGAGGUCUUAGUCUUUCUGUUUGGAUUCAGCAUGUAUACGUCCCUUCUACUUUAUUCAGUUAUGAUUUUUAACUGAGAUUGUUGUAUUUUUGAAAGAAUUAAUAGCUUGCAUAUCAGAGGAACAUAUUUCAGUAAAUAGCACCAAAUACACUAUUGGAGUAUUAAUUUAAAACAUAAUCAAGCAGUCCUGCAAUUAAAACAGAAAUUGAAUAUUCAAUUUAUACUUGACAGCCAUGCUGCCAUUUUAAGUACAACAGCAGGGGGCAGUUGUGUGUGUCAUCAUCGUACACAGGGUACUGUUGACGACAUACGUUUGGAGCCUGUUUCAACCAGCAGUUUCACUCUGCAGUAGGGGCAACGAAAGACGCAAAUGGUAGAUGUGAUAGCUGUGUUUAUAUUUUUAUUGAAAAUAUGAAAUAAGUGCAUGAGCCUUCAUUUAUAGUUCAGCUUCACUUUUCAUAAGAGUAUUCUACAAUGAUUUAUUUUUGUGAUAGAAAUUAUAUUUUCAUGGGCACGAUCUCUCAUUUGUUAUGAUGUCAAGACUGAAAUUCUGUUUUUUCAUCUGUGGAAUCUAUGAUUGAAAUAAUGCCAGGCUCGGUGAAAGUAUUAUAUCUUGAUUAAAAAGGGGCCUACAUGAAAUGAGUUUGUGAAUGAGUUCAAAGCAAAAGACUGCCCAGUAUUCAGAAAAAGGAGCCCAAAAGGAAGAUACUAAACAAAGACCCCGUAUGCAUUCUCAGGGUCUAAAUAUGGAACUGGCUAAUCAUGGUCUAAUCCUGCUACAACAACUCAAUGCCCAGCGAGAAUUUGGCUUCUUAUGUGACUGCACAGUGGCUAUAGGUGAUGUCUAUUUCAAAGCACACAAGGCAGUGCUUGCCUCUUUCUCCAAUUACUUCAAAAUGCUAUUCAUCCAUCAAACCAGUGACUGUGUCCGUCUGAAACCAACUGAUAUUCAGCCAGAUAUCUUUAGCUACCUCCUGCAUUUAAUGUACACUGGGAAAAUGGCUCCCCAGAUCAUUGAUCCUGUCCGUCUCGAGCAGGGAAUUAAGUUCCUACAUGCAUACCCACUGGUACAGGAAGCCAGCUUAGCCAGCCACGGAGCAGUUCCUCGUCCCGAUCAGGUUUUCGCCUGGACAUCGUCACUGUAUGGCAUCCAGAUUGCAGAUAAUCAAACCACGUCUCAGAGUAGGUUAUCAGCUACAGAAAAGUCUUGUCGAGAGCCCAGGUCACAUGUUCAUCCUUCUCGGAUGGAGCAAGAACGAGGUGCAGAAGCUAACCAGCAGCAUCCCCAGGGUGCACAGAUUCUUCAGCCUUCUCAACAUAUUGGGCAGUCAUCUGCAGCAACUUCAGGGACACAACAAGGCUUGAUUUCUGCAACUGGCCCCCCAGCAGCUGAAGAACGAUGCGAAAAUAUCCCUGUAUUAGACGGGCAGCCAGGAAUACAUGCAAUAGCUCAUGUUAAACCCAGUAUUAUGAAAAGGAACAGUGGUUUUCCCAAGUUUUAUGUCUGUCAUCUUUGUGGUAGAAGGUUCACUCUACGAAGCAGCCUACGUGAGCAUCUGCAGCUCCACACAGGAAUGUCGCUUCCAGUUACCAACCCAGCAGGAAUGAAUAUGCUAGGACAAUUGGUAGAACCUGGGAAACCUACAAAAGAUUCUGAGGAAAUACCUGAAGCAGAAGUAAUUAGUGAUGGUGAACUACAGCAGAAAAAUGAUUCACCAAUGGCAGAUGGCCAACUGCAAGCUGAAACACCACCCCCAUCAGACAUUGCAGACAUUGACAACAUAGAGCUAGGGGAUCAAGAUAGGGAAGUGAAAAGGCGAAAAUAUGAAUGCUCCAUCUGCGGACGUAAAUUCAUCCAGAAAAGUCAUUGGCGAGAGCAUAUGUAUAUUCACACAGGCAAACCGUACAAGUGUAGUACCUGUGAUAAAACAUUCUGUAGGGCCAACCAGGCUGCCAGGCAUGUGUGCCUUAACCAGAAUUCUGAUACUUAUAUGAUGGUGGAUAAUAAGCAAGCAAUGCUUACUGAAGGUUCCUCUGAAGAAACAAGUCAGUCACUAAUGGAUCCAGUGUACCUAGCAACAAACCAAUCAAACCAGUCCUACAAGUGCAAUCUGUGUGAUAAAAGCUUCUCGACUGCUAGUGAAGCUGUUCGGCAUUCAUGUCAAAACCAAAACUCUGAUACCUUUGUUUUGAUGGAAGGCCAACCAGCAGUUCAAGGAGAAGGCUCUUCAGAAGCUUGUGAAGUGACAGAAGUGAGCCAGUCAUUGUCAGAAACAGUGCAUAACGUGGAAGAUGGUCAAGCUGUUUUAGUAGAAUGAAAACUCUGUUCAUUUACACACUUUUCAAUGUGUUUCUUAUGUACAAUUUAAAACUGAGUUCUUAAAUAUGAGGAUGUUAAAAGUUUAUUUUCUAAAUUAGAUCUAAGCUUUCUUCUCUGGUAAAAGCAUGUCAUUCAUUAUCCAAGGAUCUUGUUACUUUUAAAAUGAAAAUUCAGGUGGCAUCAUUGUAUCAGUCAGUGUUUGCACUAGAAUUCAGACUAGCCCCUGUCAAUCAUGAGCUGCUUCAGGACCAGGUUAGUAUAUAAAAAAAAUCAAUGUGCAUUGUUCUUUACUUGUGCUGGCGUUGCCUAAUGAGUACAUCCUUUGCAAAGUAGGAAAUUAAAUCACGCUAUUCCAAAUGCAUAGAAGUUAUCACAUAUUUAUAUGCCUCACCAGGCUACUUUCUGCUUAGCGUCCCUGAACCAACUACAGUCUCAAAGAAAUGAAUAAACUCCUGUUGUGUUCUGUGGAUGUGUACUCAAACUAAAAGUUUCCUGAUUUGAAUGAAACAUUGGUGACUGACAGUUUCAAGGAGUCACAGUGCAGCAGUUGACAUUUUGUAAUUAAGUUUAAAAACUCCUGUUUUCUCAAAAGAGAUGCGAGAGGUGUUGAUAAAUGUUGUUAUGCUUCACUAAUUAUCAACUAAUCACUGAGUAUAUCCCAACUGUUGGUAGUGUAUUGCUGCAAAUAAUGAAUCAUAAACAAUAAACAGACAGAACAUGGCAUUGCUGAACCAAUAAUGAAUCCGGUGUAUGGGUAUACCCUGGGUGAAGUCGACAUAUGACUAAUUUGUUGAAUAACAAUUCCGUCAAUGUUAUUGGCAAAGAAAGAUGGAUGAACCUGGGAGGGUGAAAGUAUUGCAGUAACUCCUAUGUCAACUAGAAUGCCCUUCUAAUGAGUGAAUCAUAUAUAUGAAAAGUAUUUCAUAAUUAGAACUUGCUUGAUAUGGUAUUAAAUGCAAAUUGCUCACAUUUGGAAAUUUUGUUUCUUAGAUAUUCGAGACCUGUUUUCCAGUGUGAUAGAACAAAGUAGUGCUCUGGUGCUCCACGUUCUUCCCUACUCACUUGUAUAAUCUUGUUUUUAAAUGUUCAGUGUAAAUCUGAAUAUAACUUUUACCUCACUUAUUUGCAAUUUGCUCCUUGACAUGUCUGUGUAAUUUGCUUUGAAGAGUAGGAAUGGGGGGGUGACUAUCAGAGUACGUCUAUGCAUGCUGACUUCAAAGUACAGUAGUAGUAUUUGUAACUUUAACUUGUUUUACAGAAAUAGUAAUUGCAUUAUUUAUUCUGUGUGGUAUGUCUUUUAUACAUUUUAGAGUUUUUAAUAAAUACUGGAAAAAAAAUUCAAAGUUGAAGAAUAGGAUCCCUUAAUGAAAAACAUGUAUUCUUUUAUCAUUUCCAGAUUAACUAUAUCGAAAAUUUGUAAUCUGUUUUAAAACAAAAUUGCAGUAACAUUGCUGUCUGAUGGUGGAAAGGGAGGUCUCUGCUGCAAAAAUAAACUGUCAUAUUUGGCUUCUUCAGAAUAUUUACCAAGUGUUCACAUGUACCAAAAAUGUCAGCACUUGUCCUGUAUUAUUCGUGUUGAAAUUUACUUUUUCCCCACGUAGUUGCAUUCGCAACAUUGAACUGGACUGGAGCAAAGGUGACAAUUUUUUAAUGCCCUGUUACAUUGAUGAUAAAUGAAUUUUAAGAAAUAUGCUUGCAAUUUUUUUUACAGUUAGACAGUUUUAAUUUGCUGAUUAGCAUAUAUACUAAUACAAUUCAGUACUGUUCUAGUUGGAUUAGUUAGUACCAAUAGUGUUGAGUGCUAUUGUCGUAAACAUGCACUAAAACCACUCUGAAGUACACGUGAAUAAACAUGAAACUCAAACAAAACGACCAAUUUUAAUGAAAGGGUACACCAGAUUGGUACAUUGGGAGCUGUUAAUUAUAAAUGCUAGUGUUACAAGAAACAUUGAACCCCAACAUGUUUUGUUUUACUGUUUAUUAUUUGUAGUUUUAUGUCUAUGUAGUUAUUUAACCACUUGUUGCUCAGUAAGUCCCGAGAUAUAUAAAAGUAUUACUUUCAGAAUUCUAAAACACGUUCGUGAAAUUUCGAGAAAUAAUGUAUGUAAAUUGCUCUGUUGUUACAAGUUUCAUAUAGACUUAGAAUCAAUAUUUGAAAUAAAGUUCAACUGCCUUAAAAUACUUAAAAGCAUAACCAUGAUACUCAGUGUCAAAUCUAUUAUUUGCAUUUUCAAAUAAAGUGUAGUUUUUUUUUAAAUCAGUAUUUUGUAAAGUUUGUUUCAAAAAGAGAAUAUAAUGUAGUUUAGUCUUGUAAAAUGAGUCCCAUGUGAGGAAAGUACAUUCCUUUUGUUAUAAUGAACAAUAAAUAAUACACUGUAAUAUUCUUGACCAAAUCAAAUUGAAGUUGACCAGUUUAAUUGGAGAAAUAAACGUUUCUUUUGGCCCCCUUUCAAUCUUUUAAGAUUUUCUAAUUGUGUUUUUGAAUAUGUUGAUCGCAGAGUCAAACUUUACUUGAAUUUCAAAUUGCAGGAGUUUGGAGCAUUGUUUUCUGUGAUGUCGUCUGCAGUUGCUCUCCUUACCAACAUUGUCAGAAUUUGAAAUGCAUUGUACAGUGUUGCCUUUUUUUUUGUGUAAUUUUUAAUUUGCUGCUUGAAAGCUAACCAGUUCACUGUAUAGUUGGAAGCCUUAUUUGACAAAACAUACAUGCAAAUUCCUUAUUCCUUGCUGUAUACAGUAAUAGACUACAGCUUAGUUGGAAAAGAGUUGUGUGUGUCUUGUUGACUAAGCCACAGCUCUAAAUUUUAGCCUUACAUUUUCAAUGACUUGCCAUUGUGUUUAGUCCUAAAUACACAAACUGAAUACACAUCGCACCUGUAUUUGUCUUUAUUCCAUGCCACAACUUUACUGUUAAAGUAAAAAAUUUUGUUAGUCAAUAUCUGUAUAAUGUGUGAUACAACGCUACCGAUACCAAAGACUUGAAUAAAACGAGCUUGGUAGGAACUGGAAA